UGGGCAUAACCCAGCUUCCUGGAAAGAAUCCCGGACGAACGCACUUGGGCGAGGGGGCCGCCUGGAGUUGUAGUAUUUUGUGCAGAGCGACACCCGCCAACGCCUUGGCAGGGGUGGACCAGAGACUACAAAUCCCAGGGGGACCUUGCGGGGCGUUCGCUAGGCGGCCGGUACGAAAGAGGAACCCGCCUGGUGUAUGAGAGUCUACCUAGAAGCGAAGCUCAGGCUACUACUAUACCAGAACUGGAGAUGCCCAGCUUGCCUGCUAUUUCAGUGCUGCAGUGGCCUCUGCUAAGUAAAAAGUCUUCAUAGAGAUCUCCCUGUCAGCUCCCCAGCAUGACACUGCAGUACCUCAUGCUCCUGACUGCCCUCCUGAUGGGAGGCUCCAGCAAGUCCACAGAGAGCAAGGCCCAGCAACCUGAGUGUUGUAUGAAUGCAGUAGACUUCAAUGCUACCUGCCCAGGCACAGGCCUAUGUGGCCCAGGUUGCUACAGGCAUUGGAAUGCAGAUGGGAGUGUUAGCUGUGUCCGGUGCUGGAAUGGGACCUUCCCGACAUACAAUGGCUCUGAGUGCAGAAUUCUCACUGGCCGGGGCAUGCAGUUUCCCAUGAACAGAAGCACAGGGACUCCUGGACAGCCACAUUUUGGGGGUCCUGAUGUGGCAGCUUCCCUCUUCCUGGGGACACUCUUCAUCAGCACAGGCCUCAUCCUCUCUGUGGCUGGGUUCUUCUACCUCAAGCGCUCCAGUAAACUUCCUGAGGUUUUCUACAGGAGAGACAGAGCCCCUGUCCUGCAGCCUGGUGAAACAGCUGCGAUGGUCCCCCUGCCACAGUCUUCAGUGAAGAAACCAAGAUACAUCAGGCGUGAGCAGCAUCCAGACAAGAAUAGGGAUCCUUCUGCCUUCUCCACAGUGGAGGCCCACAUCAGCAACGUCUGACCUGGAGGUCAACUGAGACUUCACAGCAUAGCAUUGGAGACCUAAGGCUCCCCUCCAGUGAGCUCAACACACAAAGGGCCUGGGGCUUAAGAUAGGCCAGAAUUGGCUCCAAGUGACAGAUACAUACAAAUGCUAGGGGUAGCUAACCUCCAUGUCAAGAGAUCUUCUGUUCCAGCUUUACUGUAUGGUUUAACAGGAGUAACCAUCUGUUUGUGAGACCUGGGGACUCAAGAACAAGUCAGAUCGAGCCUGGGCCCCUCAGGAGUCACAGCAAAGUUCCAGCAUCUGUAACAGCUACAACAUAGGCUUGAUCUAAAUGGUCAAAACUUCUGGAGGCCACCCAGUGGAACCCAUGUUAGACAGGACUCUCUCCAUCACCACCAAGCUAAGAAGAAUGAAACCAAGGCCCAGACAGUGGAGAAAACAACCUGAAAGCUGAUAUCAGAGAAAGGUUGCUCCAACGUUUCUGCUAAGGCACACAUUUCUGAGAUUUGCACAAUUGGGUGUCUUAGGUUUCCUGAUUCCAGAGACCAGCAGAACCUAGUCUCCCAGGAGCAGACUCUGGGUACUCAAAGUAAAAUGUUUACCCACAAGGCUUCCAUAUCUGAACACUUGCAGGUCAUUUGUGUCAUUGAGCUUGUCAGUGGUCCUGUCUUUGCUGCUCUAAGCAUCCAGAAGCUAGUGUGGCUGGUGGCAUUGGCCAUAUGCUCCUGUGGAAGGAGGUGCCCUGUCAACUCAUGCCACCCUCCUUCUAUGGGUCAGGGGUAUCUAGCAUCUUCUUCAACAUCUGGCCCACAUCUGAUCUUACUAAUAAUGAUAUGAGCUUACUUUCCCAGACUUGAACCAGUGGCUAAGGUAGCAGCAGUGAUUUAAAGCUGGACCAAUUAAACUAGACUAGAUCUUCUCUCCUCUAGUCUUACUA